GGCUCGGGGCCUCUCGGCGAUCGCCCUGGGCGGGCCGGAGACGCCUCGGCCCCCUGGCGGCUCGGGGUCCACCCCGCGUCGCGGGCCCGCAGCUCUCCCUUGCCUCGCCUUUGCGCCUCUUCUUGCUCUGCCUCUCCAUUUAUUAUUAUUAUUUUUUUUUUCAAAUGGUGUAGCCGCCAGAGGUGCGGUGCUAAAUUCUUGGAAGGGGCCCGGAUGUACUGAGGAUGCAUUACAAUCUCACGAAAGGAGGCGGUAGUGGAAAGCAGCAGUUUUUGGUGUUUGGUGCAAUAAUGGGGAUCAGGUAAUCAGCCGAAGGGAGCAAGAAAUACUGCGGAUCCACGGCUUCCUCGAUUUGCGCGAAAGCCGCCGCCGGCCUCGGAGGAGGGAUUCAUCCAGACCCGCUCGCGGCUGUUGCUGCAUUUCUUCCUCUUUGUGGCUUCUCCUUUCCAAGCAGUUUUUGGCCAAUGGUCAAUGAAAACACGAGGAUGUACGUUCCGGAGGAAAACCACCAAGGUUCCAACUAUGGGAGCCCACGCCCCGCUCAUGCCAACAUGAAUGCCAAUGCAGCUGCAGGGCUCGCUCCCGAGCACAUCCCUACUCCAGGAGCAGCGCUGUCCUGGCAGGCAGCCAUCGAUGCCGCCCGGCAGGCCAAGCUAAUGGGCAGUGCUGGCAACGCAACCAUCUCUACUAUCAGUUCCACGCAGCGGAAGCGGCAGCAGUACGGGAAACCCAAGAAGCAGGGUGGCACAACUGCCACGCGGCCACCCCGUGCUCUGCUCUGCCUGACUCUGAAGAACCCCAUCCGGAGGGCAUGCAUAAGCAUCGUUGAAUGGAAACCAUUUGAAAUCAUUAUUUUGCUGACUAUUUUUGCCAAUUGUGUGGCCUUAGCGAUCUAUAUUCCCUUUCCAGAAGAUGACUCCAACGCCACCAACUCUAACCUGGAGCGAGUGGAAUAUCUCUUUCUCAUAAUUUUUACCGUGGAAGCAUUUUUAAAAGUAAUUGCCUAUGGACUUCUCUUUCACCCCAACGCUUACCUCCGCAAUGGUUGGAAUUUACUAGAUUUUAUAAUUGUGGUCGUAGGGCUUUUUAGUGCAAUUUUAGAACAAGCCACCAAAGCCGAUGGGGCCAAUGCGCUAGGAGGGAAAGGAGCUGGAUUCGAUGUGAAGGCGCUGAGGGCUUUCCGCGUGCUUCGUCCCCUGCGGCUGGUGUCUGGAGUCCCAAGUCUCCAGGUGGUCCUGAACUCCAUCAUCAAGGCCAUGGUGCCUCUGCUGCACAUUGCCCUCCUUGUGCUGUUCGUCAUCAUCAUUUAUGCCAUCAUCGGCCUGGAACUCUUCAUGGGGAAGAUGCACAAGACUUGCUACAACCAGGAAGGCAUAACAGAUGUUCCAGCGGAAGAGGACCCUUCCCCUUGUGCUUUGGAGACAGGCCAUGGGCGGCAGUGUCAGAACGGGACCGUGUGCAGGCCCGGGUGGGACGGGCCCAAGCAUGGCAUCACCAACUUCGACAACUUCGCCUUCGCCAUGCUGACGGUGUUUCAGUGCAUCACCAUGGAGGGCUGGACUGAUGUGCUGUACUGGAUGCAAGACGCUAUGGGCUAUGAGUUGCCCUGGGUGUAUUUUGUCAGUCUGGUCAUCUUUGGAUCCUUUUUCGUUCUAAAUCUGGUUCUCGGUGUUCUGAGCGGAGAGUUUUCCAAAGAGAGGGAGAAAGCCAAAGCUCGGGGUGAUUUCCAGAAGCUUCGAGAAAAGCAGCAGCUAGAAGAAGAUCUGAAAGGCUACCUGGAUUGGAUCACCCAAGCAGAAGACAUUGACCCUGAGAACGAGGAUGAGGGCAUGGAUGAAGACAAGCCCCGAAACAGAGGUGCCGCGGCGGGCUUGCUUGAUCAGAAGAAAGGGAAGUUUGCUUGGUUUAGUCACUCUACAGAGACCCAUGUGAGCAUGCCCACAAGUGAGACUGAGUCUGUCAACACUGAAAAUGUGGCUGGAGGUGACAUCGAGGGCGAAAACUGUGGAGCCAGGCUUGCCCACCGGAUCUCCAAAUCCAAGUUCAGCCGCUACUGGCGCAGGUGGAAUAGAUUCUGCAGAAGGAAGUGCCGCGCGGCAGUUAAGUCCAACGUCUUCUACUGGCUCGUGAUCUUCCUGGUGUUCCUCAACACGCUCACCAUUGCCUCUGAGCACUACAACCAGCCCCACUGGCUCACGGAAGUGCAAGACACAGCCAACAAGGCCCUCCUGGCUCUCUUCACUGCGGAAAUGCUCCUGAAGAUGUACAGCCUGGGGCUGCAGGCCUACUUUGUGUCCCUCUUCAACCGCUUCGACUGCUUCAUCGUGUGUGGGGGCAUCCUAGAGACCAUCCUGGUGGAGACCAAGAUCAUGUCUCCCUUGGGCAUCUCUGUGCUGAGAUGCGUGCGCCUGCUCAGGAUCUUCAAGAUCACCAGGUACUGGAACUCCUUGAGCAACCUCGUGGCGUCCUUGCUGAACUCAGUGCGCUCCAUCGCCUCCUUGCUGCUGCUCCUCUUCCUCUUCAUCAUCAUCUUCUCCCUCCUGGGGAUGCAGCUGUUUGGAGGGAAGUUCAACUUUGAUGAGAUGCAGACCCGCAGGAGCACCUUCGAUAACUUCCCUCAGUCACUGCUCACUGUGUUCCAGAUCCUGACCGGGGAGGACUGGAAUUCGGUGAUGUAUGAUGGGAUCAUGGCUUAUGGCGGCCCCUCUUUUCCAGGGAUGUUAGUCUGUAUUUACUUCAUCAUCCUCUUCAUCUGUGGAAAUUAUAUCCUACUGAAUGUGUUCUUGGCUAUUGCCGUGGACAACCUGGCUGAUGCCGAGAGCCUCACUUCCGCCCAAAAGGAAGAAGAAGAAGAGAAGGAGAGAAAGAAGCUGGCCAGGACUGCCAGCCCAGAGAAGAAACAGGAGGUGAUGGAGAAGCCGGCAGUGGAGGAGAGCAAAGAAGAGAAAAUUGAGCUGAAGUCCAUUACUGCAGAUGGAGAGUCUCCGCCCACUACAAAGAUCAACAUGGAUGACCUCCAGCCCAGUGAAAAUGAGGAUAAGAGCCCCCACUCCAACCCUGACACUGCAGGGGAAGAGGAUGAGGAGGAGCCGGAGAUGCCUGUGGGGCCACGCCCCCGGCCCCUGUCUGAGCUACACCUUAAGGAAAAGGCGGUGCCUAUGCCAGAAGCCAGUGCGUUUUUCAUCUUCAGCCCCAACAACAGGUUCCGCCUCCAGUGUCACCGCAUCGUCAACGACACGAUCUUCACCAACCUGAUCCUCUUCUUCAUUCUGCUCAGCAGCAUCUCUCUGGCUGCCGAGGACCCCGUGCAACACACCUCCUUCAGGAACCAUAUCCUAGGCAAUGCAGACUAUGUCUUCACUAGUAUCUUUACAUUAGAAAUUAUCCUUAAGAUGACUGCUUACGGGGCUUUCCUGCACAAGGGCUCUUUCUGCAGAAACUACUUCAAUAUCUUGGACCUGCUGGUGGUUAGCGUGUCCCUCAUCUCCUUUGGCAUCCAGUCCAGUGCAAUCAACGUUGUGAAGAUUUUACGAGUGCUGCGGGUCCUCAGGCCCCUGAGGGCCAUCAACAGGGCCAAGGGGCUAAAGCACGUGGUCCAGUGUGUGUUUGUGGCCAUCCGGACCAUUGGGAACAUUGUAAUUGUCACCACUCUGCUGCAGUUCAUGUUCGCCUGCAUUGGGGUCCAGCUCUUCAAGGGGAAGCUCUAUACCUGCUCGGAUAGCUCCAAACAGACGGAGGCAGAAUGCAAGGGUAACUACAUCACAUACAAAGAUGGAGAAGUUGACCACCCGAUUAUCCAGCCUCGAAGCUGGGAGAACAGCAAGUUUGACUUUGACAAUGUUCUGGCAGCCAUGAUGGCCCUCUUCACCGUCUCCACCUUUGAGGGGUGGCCAGAGCUGCUGUACCGUUCCAUCGACUCCCACACAGAAGACAAGGGCCCCAUCUACAACUACCGUGUGGAGAUCUCCAUCUUCUUCAUCAUCUACAUCAUCAUCAUUGCCUUCUUCAUGAUGAACAUCUUCGUGGGUUUCGUCAUUGUCACCUUCCAGGAGCAGGGGGAGCAAGAGUACAAGAACUGUGAGCUGGACAAGAACCAGAGACAAUGUGUGGAAUAUGCCCUCAAGGCCCGACCCUUGCGAAGGUACAUCCCCAAGAACCAGCACCAGUAUAAAGUGUGGUACGUGGUCAACUCUACCUACUUCGAGUAUCUGAUGUUCGUCCUUAUCCUGCUCAACACCAUCUGCCUGGCCAUGCAGCAUUAUGGCCAGAGCUGCCUCUUCAAAAUCGCCAUGAAUAUCCUCAACAUGCUGUUCACUGGCCUCUUCACAGUGGAGAUGAUCCUGAAGCUCAUUGCCUUCAAACCCAAGGGUUACUUUAGUGAUCCCUGGAAUGUUUUUGACUUCCUCAUCGUGAUUGGGAGCAUAAUUGAUGUCAUUCUCAGUGAGACUAAUCACUAUUUCUGUGAUGCAUGGAAUACAUUUGAUGCCUUGAUUGUUGUGGGUAGCAUUGUUGAUAUAGCAAUCACCGAGGUACACCCAGCUGAACAUACUCAAUGCUCUCCCUCUAUGAGCGCAGAGGAGAAUUCCCGCAUCUCCAUCACCUUCUUCCGCCUCUUCCGGGUCAUGCGCCUGGUGAAGCUGCUGAGCCGAGGGGAAGGCAUCCGGACCCUGCUGUGGACAUUCAUCAAAUCCUUCCAGGCCCUGCCCUAUGUGGCCCUUCUGAUCGUGAUGCUGUUCUUUAUCUAUGCAGUGAUUGGGAUGCAGGUGUUUGGAAAGAUCGCCCUGAAUGACACCACAGAGAUCAAUCGGAACAACAACUUCCAGACGUUUCCCCAGGCUGUGCUCCUGCUCUUCAGGUGUGCCACCGGGGAAGCCUGGCAGGAUAUCAUGCUGGCCUGUAUGCCGGGCAAGAAGUGUGCCCCCGAGUCCGAGCCCGGCAACAGCACAGAAGGGGAGACACCCUGUGGCAGCAGCUUCGCUGUCUUCUACUUCAUCAGCUUCUACAUGCUCUGUGCCUUCCUGAUCAUCAACCUCUUUGUAGCUGUUAUCAUGGACAACUUUGACUACCUGACAAGGGACUGGUCUAUCCUUGGUCCCCACCAUCUGGAUGAAUUCAAAAGAAUCUGGGCCGAGUAUGACCCCGAAGCCAAGGGUCGGAUCAAACACUUGGAUGUAGUGACCCUCCUCCGUCGAAUUCAGCCCCCCUUGGGUUUUGGGAAGCUGUGUCCACACCGCGUGGCCUGCAAACGCCUGGUGUCCAUGAACAUGCCUCUGAACAGCGAUGGGACAGUCAUGUUCAAUGCUACCCUGUUUGCCCUGGUCAGGACAGCCCUGAGGAUCAAAACAGAAGGAAACCUAGAACAAGCCAAUGAGGAGCUGCGGGCCAUCAUUAAGAAAAUCUGGAAGAGGACCAGCAUGAAGCUGUUGGACCAGGUGGUGCCCCCUGCAGGUGAUGACGAGGUCACAGUUGGCAAGUUCUAUGCCACCUUCCUUAUCCAAGAGUACUUCCGAAAAUUCAAGAAGAGAAAAGAGCAGGGGCUGGUGGGCAAGCCUUCUCAGAGGAAUGCACUGUCCCUGCAGGCUGGCUUGCGCACAUUGCAUGACAUUGGGCCUGAGAUCCGACGGGCCAUCUCUGGGGAUCUCACCGCUGAGGAAGAGUUGGACAAGGCUAUGAAGGAGGCUGUGUCCGCUGCCUCUGAAGACGACAUCUUCAGGAGGGCUGGAGGCCUGUUUGGCAACCACGUCAGCUACUAUCAGAGCGACAGCAGGAGCAACUUUCCCCAGACCUUCACGACCCAGCGCCCGCUGCACAUCAACAAGACGGGAAACAGCCAGGGCGACACGGAGUCGCCAUCCCAUGAGAAACUGGUGGACUCCACUUUCACCCCCAGCAGCUACUCAUCCACAGGCUCCAAUGCCAACAUCAACAACGCCAACAACACUGCCCUGGGUCGCUUCCCCCACCCCACUGGCUACUCCAGCACGGUCAGCACUGUGGAGGGCCAUGGGCCGCCCUUGUCCCCUGCUGUCCGGGUACAGGAGGCAGCUUGGAAGCUCAGCUCUAAGAGGUGCCACUCCCGAGAGAGCCAGGGGGCCUCGGUGAGUCAAGAGAUGUUCCCCGAUGAGACCUGCAGCGUGAGGAUGAGUGAGGACGCAGAGUACUGCAGUGAGCCCAGCCUGCUCGCCACAGAUAUUCUUUCCUACCAGGAUGAUGAAAACCGGCAGCUGACGUCCCCAGAGGAGGACAAGAGGGAGAUGCAGCAGUCUCCGAAGAGGAGUUUCCUCCGCUCCGCCUCUCUAGGUCGAAGGGCCUCCUUCCAUCUGGAAUGUCUGAAGCGACAAAAGGACCAAGGGGGAGACAUCUCUCAGAAGACAGCCUUGCCCUUGCAUCUGGUUCACCAUCAGGCAUUGGCAGUGGCAGGUUUGAGCCCGCUCCUGCAGAGAAGCCAUCCUCCUACCAAGUUCCCCAGGCCAUGUCCCACACCUCCUGUCACUCCAGGCAGCAGGGGCAGGCCUCUCCAGCCUAUCCCCACCCUACGGCUGGAGGGGGCUGAGUCCAGCGAGAAACUCAACAGCAGCUUCCCGUCCAUCCACUGCAGCUCCUGGUCUGAUGAGACCACUGCCUGUAGUGGUGGCAGCAGCAUGGCCCGGAGAGCCCGGCCGGUCUCCCUCACUGUGCCCAGCCCAGCUGGAGCUCCAGGGAGACAGUUCCAUGGCAGCGCCAGCAGCCUGGUGGAAGCGGUCUUGAUUUCAGAAGGAUUGGGACAGUUUGCUCAAGAUCCCAAGUUCAUCGAGGUCACCACCCAGGAGCUGGCUGACGCCUGUGACAUGACAAUAGAGGAGAUGGAGAACGCGGCAGACAACAUCCUCAGUGGGGGCGCCCAGCAGAGCCCCAACGGCACCCUCUUACCUUUUGUGAACUGCAGGGACCCAGGGCAGGACAGGGCUGUGGUCCCUGAGGACGAAAGCUGCGCAUAUGCCCUGGGGCGAGGCCGGAGCGAGGAGGCGCUCCCGGACAGCAGGGCCUACGUCAGCAACCUGUAGUCCGCAGGACUGACCAGACGCGGGUGUUUUUUAUUCGUUUCAAUGUUCCUAAUGGGUUCGUUUCAGAAGUGCCUCACUGUUCUCGUGACCUGGAGGUAACCGGAACAGCGUCUUCAUUCACUGCUGUCGGGACAAGCCUCAGAGCUGGGCGGUGUGCGGAGUCGGCUUGUCAGGGGAGAUGGCCAAGGCCGUGGUGCAGGACUCCAGCACCUUCCCGCGGCAGCACCGCCCAAAGGACCCCACCCCCCUAACCAAAAGGGUGUUUUCCCCUUGCUUGUAUAAACAGUCAUUUGCACAUGUUCUGUCUGAGCCUGGCGGUCUCAAUGGAGCAGAGACCCAGAGAUCUAUGGCGGGAGUAGGCCAGUGCCCCAAGUAGGGGAAGUGGCUGUGAGGUUCCAGUAAUGCAGGUUUGGUCCCUUCAGGGACCCGUCCCCUGCAGGAGUAGACGCAGGUGACCAGAGCUGGUGCACACCGCACCACCGCCCUCAGCUAGCCAGGCCAGGGGGCGCAGGCUGCUGCUCGGUGAUCUUGGUUUCACGGUUUGAUGGUUCUUGUUAGCAUGUUUCGGUUUUCUGAGUUUGGGUUUCUUUAUUAUUUUGUAUUUGUUGUGCUUUCCCACGGGGAAGGGAGGAAGAAGAGCGUUUACAGUUGCGCAGCCUCACUCACCGUUUCCACAUUUGCGUUAUUUAAGUCGGAUUUGGUUUUAUUAUAUUCUUCAAAUGGUGCGGUUUCCCCCAACCCUCUUUUUCCACCCAUGGAGCCGAGGGCUCAAUAGCACCACAGGAAAGUUUACCUGCUCUGUGUAUGCCCAGUAAUUUGUUAUAAUUUCCUUAAGUAACAGCACCUUCCUCCCCCUUUCUUUCCGGUUUGGUUGACAGUCACAAUCUGCAGGUAACAGGGCUGUUAGAUAAGGUGUUGUGUGCCUGAGCGGUUGAACUGGGCUCCUUUCUAAGCUGGGUGUAUGGACAGGUUCAAGAGAGAGGAUGUAUGAGCAUCUGUGUGUCACAUGUGUGUCCAUAGUGGGUUGUGUGUGUGUGUUUGUGUGUGUGUGCGCACCCUCUCCACCCCGUCCUCCCCACCCCGCACAAAAGUCCAUAGAUCCCCGUUCCGGUUUGACUGCAGGGAGUUCUGAAUCUGGGGCUAUUCGAAAGCAAAAACAAAUCACUGUCUCCGCUUCUGCUUCUGAAACGAGAAUCGGUAACUGCAUUUCCUGUCCCACGAGAUAUGCAAAAGCAAUGCAAUAAUAUCCAUUUUAAAAUACGAUUGUGAGUUGUGUCGGCAUUAAAAUUCUAUUUUAAAAAACACAAAAUUUAAGGGAAAAAACUCAAGAAGACAUUUUGCUUCGAUAUAUUCUGUGUAAUGUUUUAUUGCAUUGAUAAUGUUUCUGUUGAAGAAACUGUUAUACUUGAAUUCAGGUCAGUUUCAGUAUUUUUCAAAUAUUUUUUUAAAAACUGAAUUGCAAUUGUGCCAAGCAAAUAUAAUGACUUAAGUUUGUUUUAAAAUUCACUUCUUGUAUAUUUUGCUGCAUGUAAAGUAAAUCAUUUUGUAUUUGGAGUGUGACAAGCUUUCCCUUUGAACUCAUAAGUGCUUUUUCUACCUGCGGUUGGGGAGGAGAUGGUUUUCUUUCAUUUGCAAAGUGAACAAAGGUGUCCCCGGUGUCAGUCCUCACUCUGCUCUCCGUGGGAAGGUCUGGGAGGUACCUUUUUGCAUAUCUUGUGUCUUGUUUCCAUUCCCCUCAAUCUUUCCAAAAACCGUGUGGUAAGACAGUCCGUGCCACAUCUUGCUUUGCAAGAUCAGGCAUGUUUCAUCCAGCUCUUCACUUGCUGCCUUCUCUGUGGAUACUUGUUCAGGAUGCUCCUCUGGAGAGAUGGCUGACUUUGUCAAGCACUCCCACAGCCCACAUCUUAACUGAGAGGAUGAGGUGACAAUCAGGCUGGGGCAGAGGUAGGACAGAUUCUUCUUGGACCCAUGAUCUGCCCAAACAUGGAUAGCCAUAGCCGUGGCUAGAUAAAGGUGACUGGGUAGGCCUGUGAUCCUUCUAGAAACUAUAUCCUUUGCUUCCACCAAAGCAGGAAGGCGGAAAAGCAAGGGAUCUUGAUGAAGGCGAGGACAUCGGGAUCUCAUAGGGAUGGAAGGAACAGAUUAUGUGGACUUUUAUUUAGGCUCCUCUGUGUCUGCCUUCAGAAACCAUUACAAUUGUACCAGGUCCUUCAGUUGUGUCUUAACAAGAAUGGUUGAAAAGGAGGGGCUCUGGGGAAAAUAAGACUCAACCAUUCACCCAGAAUUUACCUACGUACAGGAUAUCUUCUGGUCCCAGGGUCCUUCCAGCCUAUUUGGGGAAUUAUGUGAGAAUCUGCUAGAAAUUCAGCAAGGUUGUUCCUCGGUGAAAAUGCUCUCGUGGGCUAUUUCAUGAAAAUGCAGAGAGAGGCAGUGUUCACAGGUUAACCAGAGUCUAGAAACAGCAUUUCUCCUUGAAUUCCCGUGCACCUCGACCCAGCGUGUAUGUAUCCUAUUCAGUACCAUAAGGGCUUCUAGAUAUAAGGAUUAGACGGCAUCCUUUGUCUUGUUUCCGAGUCUGUUGAUGUGCCUAGAGUGACGAUGGAGAGGUGAGCCCUCUGAUUGGCUGUCUGGUUCUGGCACGCAUCUGACCCCUAGGGAAAUGUGGUGUUUUGAUUGCUCUUACCCACAGACAUGCCUAGGCUGCAUACUCUCUCCCCAUGCUGCCUUGACUGCCUGUAGAAGCUUUGAUCUGCAUUGCCAGUCUUCUGACAAAUGACACAAGGUACAGGCCAAGCUUCUGCAGCCCCUGCCAGGACUCUGCCCAGGGUGGCUCCCCAACUCCCCCGCCCCUCACCAGUCAUACCCACAGGCUGCCUUCUCCUCUAUGGCCAAGAAGACCAGAGUAGCCUUUCACGCAUACACUGCGUCCUGCAAGAGUGGCACCAUCAGAGACAAUGGGCCUCUGCCUUUUAUUGUUAGGAGGAAAGAAGGUUCAGUGGACAGUGGGGCUUUCAUGCUUGGCGUCAUGACCACCUACAUAAGACUAAUGCAUGCUGCCUGUGGCCAGGACAGAGGGGACAGUGAGUAGGAGAGCCACUGAACAGUACGCCAGACUGUCUCCUCCCCGCCCACCAUGGAGCUUUCCCAGUGACUCUUCUAAAUGGAACUGCAGGCCUUCUGCAAUCCCGGUAGCCCCUAGAUGGCAGGGAAUUAGCCCACAGCUGGGGACCAAAGGGACCAGAAGGAGCGAAGGGCUUGUACUUUCAUCUCCAUGAUUAGCUGUCUCUUUUCUUUACGCUCUGUUCAUGUAUGUGGUCAUUUUAUACAGACAGAGUCCUGUUGGUUCCUUUCUGCCUAGUCCUAGAAGGUUCUUCAUAUUUUCAGGUUAAAAGAGAGAGACUUUCCUAGUCCUUGUUUGAUUUGUAAAUGUCUUCCCUCUUAAGCGGUGGUUUUCACCGUAACCUGAUGAAUCCAAGGCCCAACUCUGUCAUUUACCUUCCCCUGGUACCAGACACCCUAACAGAAUGCAGUAGGCAGCCCUUCCUUUGCCAACAUCAGCACGUUUUUGAGAACAUGCUGGAAGUCAGUAGAAGGAAAGUAGCUGCUGUCCAGAGGCCAGGAGAUACACUCCACUGCUCCUAAAGGCAAGCCAAGAGAUCAAGGACCUAGAUCAAGCAUGGAGUCGAAUCUGAUAAUCAGGGCUUUUAGCCUUCUUAUCCCACAUUUCAAAUGUCACCAAGGGGAAGGACCUUCCAUCCUGGGACCUUGAGUGACUGAAAUGUCCUCAUUCAGGAGCUAGAAACAAUUGACCUGAGGAAGGAUCGUCUAGCUUUCAGAAGAGCUACUCAGAGCCCAGGCUGUAAGCAUCCUGGUUGAUUCUGUCUUCAACAAAGCUCUGGCUCGGAAGCAGGCAUCAGCACAGAGAGAGUUAGAGGGGAGUGAGGGCGAGGAAAGGGUGCGUCCCGACCCCAUCCGUGUCACCUCAUCUUAUGGAAAGCCCUAGAAAAGGCCGAUGGCUCCAUAAUCUGCUUUGGAAGCUGUGAAAAAUGAGUUCCUACCCUGAGUGUUUUUCCAGCUAAAUCAACCUAGCUAGAGAUAUAUACGGUCCCUACCUGACCAUGUGAGGCCCCUCCGCCAUACCUCGCCAAAGAGUUUGCCAAUGGGAAAGUGGUUGGGGGAACUUGGGUCUCCCUCACCAAAGCCCAUGUUCUACAGCAGCUGCCAUGGUAGAGGUGUCCUAGAAGGUUGUGGGCGGGGAGGGGGAAGCACCCUAUCUAUGACGUCAGUAACAGGGACCUUCCCUUCCUUUAGCAUUUACUCCUCUUCCUCCUCCCCUUCCUCCUCCUCCUCUGCAAGCCCAGUGAAGGGAACACAGAGGCGAAAGGAACCAUUUGCAGAUUCUUACAGUGUUUCUUAGGCCAUAGCCUUUCACCUUGUUAGGGAGACAGUUGAAACACACCACACACACACACACACACACACACACACACACACACACACACAAAACACCCUGAAGCACACACACACACACUCACUCACAUCCUAAAGCACAAGUGCUGAGGUGUUGGCCACGUGGUAGGCAUGUUCAACCUGUUCAGUCUGUAGCUCUAUGUCCCAGAACAGCUAUGGAUGCACUCAGUGCAUGUGUAGGUGAUAUCCUAUUAUAACAGAAAAGCACAGAACACCUUUGAAGGGGAACGUGUGGAAGAAACUAGAACAGUUUCCAUGGGUGGAAAUGGUGACCAUUUGUUCAUCUACAGUGAGGAAGAGCUACCACUCUUUUCCUCCUUUUCCUCCAGCCAUCUUAAGAGAUUUGAUUCGUAUAGUACAUGAUAAAGGCCUGGCCUUCCUGGUAUGUGAGGAAGACCAGGUACCAUCUCUGAAAGGAAGUUGGAGUAUGUAGCUGGAUAUAUCAAGCAUUGCAAAUCAAUUCAAUACUGACAGUAAAGUCGGAAUUGAGAUUUUUUUUCCUAUUAUGUUUCUUCUAGGUCUCUGCUAGCAAUAAGGAAGGCAAGGCCAGAAAAUGCAAUGAAAAUAUGAAAUGUCAUAUCACCAGAGUCAACCCGUCUCAGAUGUGUAACCCCCUCAUCCCCAUGGGAAAUCGUAUGCACCCCAGUUUCCCAGAAUCUAAAUAAAUGAAUGUAUAAAGGUUACAGACCAGGUGACGUGCCACUUCCUCCAGUGUAAAUGAGUCCAGUUCAUGCAAAUUUGCCACCUAAAACUUGCCUGAUGCUUCCCUCAGCAGGGUCAUUACACAGACGGUUUGGAGGAAACAGAGGCUAUAGGGAAUUGGAGGGUAGUUUCUUUUUUCUUUUCCUUUUUUGGGGAGCAGUGUGGAGGUACUGGGGGUUGAGCCAAGGGCCUUCCUUGUGCAUGCUGGGCAAGCACUUUAGCUUCUAUGUUGCCUCCUAAGACUUCCCAGCAUGGAGAACCACACCAAAGUUAAAAACAGGGGAGAACCCUUGGGAAUUGAGGACAGGUGAUUUGUAAGCAAGCAGUCCCCGCAGAGGGCCCCUUAGAAGGCAUCACCGGGACUGCAGGCUAUGUAUGGGUCCCUUUCUGUGCCCCACCCAGCACACAUCCACACCUGCAUCCCAUCCCCCAGACUUGAAAUCCCCCUCUCAGCCUUCCCGCCAGACCAUGCACCCGUCUACCCUGCCCAUCUCGGGCGUGAGCUGCUUGCUUGCCGGCCCGAACAGCCUGUGUGGCAGGAAAACCGCUGGGUUUACACAUAUCUGUGACUAUAGCAGUUAAGAGCAACCUGCGGGGAAAGAAGCCAUUGGGAAAUAGAUCCCAGGAGUGAACGCUGCCUCUCCCAUAGUACUGCAAUUCUACUUUGAUCUGCCAGUGUUGCUAAGGAAGACUUCCUCCAUGUCAGGGGUCCACAUCACGCUGCGCCCAUCCCCCACGCGCCAUGUGUCUACUCAGUUCACUUCAUGUCCCUGAGAAAACCUGUGUCAUGUGCCGUGCCUGUUCCCAGAGAGGCACGGAAAGAUGAACAGGAUUCUGUGUCGCUCAUACACACCUGCACAUCCCAUGCCUGCCCCUCCAGACUCCACGACACCACAGUCCAACUGUUGUAAAUAUUGUACAGUUUGUGAUCAUCCAAUAAUCCUGUUGUCAAAGGCCCUGCCUGCUGCGCCUUCUCCCCCUCGAGCGAGGCCAGGGAAACCUUCAAGGAGAGCUUCAGGGUCCAUCUCUGUGUGAGACGUUACUGUAUAUUCCUGUAAGAUUGCAUUUUUAUCUAAGGAAUGAUGUUAUUUAAAAAACAAACAAAAACGCAAAAAAGAAUUGCAAAUAAAUUUCUUAAUAAU